CCCUCCGCGCGCCGCCCCUUCGCGCUCCCACGCACCGCCUGCUCAGCCGGACUCCGUCCGCCCCUUCGUGGGGGGCAGGCAGAAGGCAUCGUCCACGUCCGCGCUCUGUGCCCCUUGCUGACCUUUCCCACACUGAAGAACGCCUGGACCUCACGUGCCAGACCCUGCGCAUUUCACCAAGGAGUUCCUACACCUCGCCACUCCCACUCGGGGUAUCGUCCUUUCCUCUUCCACCAAAGACAAGACGCACAUCGGGACACGGCUUUUGCUGGUUAUCUCUGUUCGACCCUCAGCCUGAAAUGCAUCUGGCACCUCCUGCAUCCCUGAGGAAGACCCUACAUGGAUUUACCACGCUGACUGCCCUCACUCAGACAAAAUGUUCCUCUUUCUCUCACAUUUAACAGAGGAGAUGAGAAAGCAGGUCCAUCAUUUCACAAUUCCAUGAAGUACACAAAUGAAAGUUUUCCAGAGUAUUUCAUUCUCAUGGGCUUAACCAAAUACCCAUGGCUGGAUCUUCCUCUCUUCUUCGUCCUCCUGACCUCCUACCUGUUCACAUUGUCAGGAAACACUGCUAUCAUUCUGGUCUCUCAACGGGAUUCCCAGCUCCAGAGUCCCAUGUAUUUCUUCCUCGCCAGCCUUUCCUUUCUGGAUCUCUGCUUCACCACCACAACUGUACCUCAAAUGCUGUUCAACUUAGGAGGGCCCAACAAGAGCAUCACAUACACAGGCUGCGUGGUGCAGGCCUACGUGUUCCACUGGCUGGGCUGCUCUGAGUGUGUCCUGCUGGGUGUCAUGGCCUUGGACCGCUAUGUGGCUCUGUGCCGGCCCUUGCGGUACUCUGUAAUCAUGGACCACAAGCUGUGCAGGCAACUGUCUGGCACUGCCUGGAUGCUUGGCCUGGCCAACUCACUGCUGCAGUCCACACUCACUUUCCAGCUGCCACUGUGUGGGAACCAGGUCCUGGACCAUUUCUUCUGCGAGCUUCCUGGACUUAUUAGGAUGGCUUGUGGAGACACCAGAGUCAACGUGGUUACCUUAGCAGUGGUGGCCACCUUCGUGAUAACGGGUCCCCUGUCCAUGAUUCUUGUCUCUUAUGCUUACAUCGCCAGAGCUGUAUUUCGAAUCCCUUCUGCUGCUGGGAGACUCAAGGCCUUCAACACUUGCUCCUCACACUUACUGGUGGUGUCCUUAUUUUAUGGGCCUGGCAUCUACAUCUACAUGCAGCCCCCAGGAGAUGAACCUCAAGACCUUACCAAAGUUCUGACACUGUUUUACUGUGUAAUUACUCCUAUGGCCAACCCAUUCAUCUACACACUGAGGAACAAGGAGGUUACAGGAGCUUUGAGGAGGCUUCUGAGGAAGACCAUUUCAUCUAAGAGAAUAUGAGAAGUUCAUGCCCAAUAAUAACCUUAAACGUCUUCUUUUAAAUAUAUGUCCUAUCAAAGCAAUGCUGAAAAGUAAAUUCAAGAAAACUUAUAUAUAUUUUUUCUCAUAUGGGGAAUUGAACUCAGGACCCUGCAAUUGCUAGGCAGGUGCUGUGCUGCUGAGCUAUAUCCCUGGCCCCAAAAACCUUUACUUAUGUAAAUAAACAGCUACAUAAGAAAAUACUUGAAAGUUAGUUUCUAAAUGUUUUUGAACAUUCAGUAUGCUAUCAUUGAAAAAUGUUGAUGAGAGCUGAUGUUCCAGAACAAACAUCUGAAAGGAACGGUCUUGAAAAAUAUUUCAAUGUGUUAGAAUUUAGAAAACCUAAAGAAAGAACGAUAAA